GUACAAAUGAACGGCUAUUAGCCCUAGAGUAAAUUUAGUUCUACACGGAGCUUUUGUUGCGAGAAGGCUGCUUGCUCGAUGCAAGCGCUGUGGUGCUGAGGCUGUGACUCCCAUGUGAGGCAGCGAGUUCAUAUUUGUACUUCGUGAUUGUGUUUCAUCGUCUCAAUGAGUGAAAAGAGUUUAGCUGAAGAAACUCAAACCCAAGAAUCCGGAGAAAGUGAUUUAGGCAAAGGAGAAGAAUUUGGAGCAAGUUUAGAAAUUUAUUCUCAGGAAAAUGUUAGGGAAAACCGUCGAACUUCAAUUGAUAGGAUCAGUGCAUUGCCGGAUUGCUUACUUGUUCACAUCAUAUCUUUUUUGGGCCUGAAGGAAGCUGUUGCUACGAGUAUUUUGAGGAAAAGAUGGCAGUUUCUUUGGACUGAAUUGCGUAACCUUGGAUUUGAAUUCUAUGGUUGGGGUGAGAGUAAGGAAACUAAGAAUGCAAUUGACUUUGUAGCUUGGGUUAAUGGGGUCAUAUCUACUCAUCGUGGAAAUUAUCUCGAGAAGAUGACAGUUGAUUUCAAGUUUGAGGAUUGCUUUGCUGAAGAUGUUGAUAAUUGGCUCCAGUUUGCCUUGACAAAUAAGGUGAAAGAACUCCGUUGGAACAUGGGCUACAACAAAGAUUGCUACAUUCUUCGUGAAAUUAUAUAUUCAAAUUCAUCCUUGACAUCAUUAUGUUUGCAUCAUUGCAUUUUGGUCCCUGAGAGAACAAUCCAGUGGUCAUCAUUGACUAAAUUAGGGAUAUCAAGAGUGAAUUUGCCUCAGCCUAUAGUUGAAAAUAUAUUGUCAGGCUGUCCUGUUUUGACUUCUUUGGAUCUGAGUGAGUGUUGGGGGUUCACUUGUUUGGAGAUUAACUCUCAGAAUCUAUGUAAACUGCUGGUAACAGACCCUUUAAUUGAAAUAAAUGGGUCUUCCCUGCACAUUUCAGCACCAUAUAUAAAAUAUUUGAAUCUUUGCUUGGAUCCUAUAGGAAGGAAAAUAAAGAUUAGAGACAUCUCAUCUCUUGUCACUGCUCAUUUUGAUUUUAUUGAUAAUUCUUGGGAUUUUAUAUUACAUGAGGAUAUGCUCCGUAGUACAAAGGAAUUUUUUGAACAGAUUUACAAUGUCAAGGAGCUUGGUUUGGGUCCUGAACCUCUAAAGGCUCUAGCUGCGUUGGUGCUUAAUGGUUGGCAGCUUCCAAAAUAUAAGCUAAGGUGCUUGAAAAUAGAUAUGUUAUGUGAUGCUGGGCAAAUCAUUCCUGGCAUUUUAAACGUGCUAGAAUCCUCUCCAGACAUUGAGACAUUGGUCAUAGAUUCUUAUGAACCCGAAGAUUUGGACAGUAACUGGGCCCCACCUGCGAAGGAUGAUUUGUAUUGCGACUUAUUGCAUCUGAAGACGAUCAAAAUGAUUAAGCUGGUAGAUCCAGAACUUGACGGUGAACCAAUGCUUACAUUGGCUCGAAUUCUUCUUAAGAGGACACCAGUAUUAGAAGAGAUGGACGUAUAUGUUAACAUUGAAGAUGCAGAUGUCUUUAUCAAGAUAGGACAAACCUUGCUGAGUUACCCCCGAUCCUCACCAAAGGCUGUCAUCGAUCUGUAUUAAAUUGAUGGCUUUUAUAUGUUCAUUUUCUAAACUAUGUAGAAUAUCUAUUAUAGCUACUCUACUUCUCCCCCUAUUUUGCCUAAUUUGCCACUACUAGCUUGUUUGAGAUGUAACUGGUGAGUCAUUGCACUUUAAACAUUUGACGAUGGUACAAGGUUUGGUAGCAGAUUAUGAUUUAUGAAUAGGCAUGGCAAAAAAACCUUUCCAGUAAGGACUUGCCCUUCCCCAAAAU